AUGCAUCAUCGGUAUGGAAGUAAUCUUAGUAAUUCAUCAAUAUCAUCAUCUACUCAUGGAAUGUUUUUGGGUACAGCAAGAGAAAAACGUGAAAAAUUAUUAAGAAAAGCAUAUUUAAAUCAACAACGAAAUGGCAUAUUAGCAGGUUGGCAACCGCAUACACCUUCUUCACAGUCAAUUAUUGACACAUACCCAUCAGAAUUUGCGUACUAUCGUCACCAUCAAAAUUCUCGUACACAUAGUGUUGAUAGUAUUUCAUCGUCAACAAGUGCAACAACAGCACCUAUUCCAACAAGUGAACAUCAUAUACCACGUACAUCAAGUCAAGCAAGUCUUAAUCUUCAUCGUGCAAGUCCUUGUCCAUCGGAAAUGUCAUUUUCUUAUUCAAAUCCAAAGUAUUUUGUUCGAACAGCACUUUUUUCUCCUCAAUCAACAUUAACAAAUAGAGGACCAUUACAUUACGAAAAUGUUCUUCAAUCAUCAUUAUUAGAAGGUAAACAACGACUAGGUUCAAAUAAUGAUGAAAUAACAUUUCGAUCACCAACACCUGGACCAGAUUUUUCUACCAUUCAUAGUGAUUCAAUCACCCUUGAUGAAUUAAUCAAUCGAAUAACUCCAACAUCAACAAGUACACCUGAGAUAACAUUUCUUUAUCCAGCACUUCUCUCUUGUCGAACACAUAUUACUCCAACAUUAUUAUUUAAUAGAAUAGCUCGAACUAUUUUUAGUAAUUUAACAUCUAUUUCACAGGAACAACGAACUAAUUUACUUCUUAAUUAUCUUUCGAUGUUGAUUCAUUGGACAAAAACAUUUUCAUAUGAUUUUCGUACACCAUCAUUAAUCAAUCAACUUGAAUGUGUAACAAAUCAAAUUGUUAAACUUGAUCCAAUGUUUGGACCUAAUGUUAAAUUACUUUUAUCGGAUAUUAUGGCAAAACUCAAUGUUCUUGAUCGAUAUGAACAAUAUUUACAAUUAGUUGAUAGCGAAAUAUCAAAUCGAUUAUCAACAUCUGCAUUAACAACUGAUAUUUAUGAACAAUGUCCAUGUCCAAAAGAAUUUGCACAUCAAUUGACACAUAUUGAAUUAGAUAGACUUAAAGCAAUUGGAGCAGAAGAAUUUAUACAUAUGCGUUCAUCAGAUUCCGCAUCAUCACCAACAGAUUCUGAUUCAAAAAAAUCUUCUACACAAUCUUGGACAUAUUGUCUUGAAGCAUAUAUUAAUUGGAGUAAUCGUUUAUCUUCUUUUGUAACAACAGAAAUAAUUAAACAUUUAAAACGACAUAUUCGUGUUAAACUUCUGAAUUACUUCAUUGAUGCUGCACUUGAAUGUUUUAAUACAGGAAAUUUUAAUUCUAUGAUGGGAAUCAUAGGUGGCCUUAAUAUGUUACCUGUUAAACGUUUAAAAAAAACGUGGAGUAAAGCAAAUCGUGCUAAAUUAGAUACAUUAGAAAAAUAUAUGAAUCCAAGUAAAAACUUUUGUAUAUAUCGAUCAAUUAUAAAAGCUGCAAUGCAAAGAGCAGAAAAACAUCAAUGGCAAUCUGGAAUGGUUAUCAUACCAUUUUUAAGCAUCUUUUUACGUGAUGUUUAUUUUAUUAAAGUUCGUUCAUCUGAUUUAAUUACGACUGAUAAUGGUCAAGAAGAACUUAAUCUUAAAAAAUUUUAUAUUCUAGCUCGAUUUAUUUCCGAAGAAUUUAUGAGAUGUAAAUCAAGCAAAUGUUCAUUUGCUCGUUAUGAAAGCAUUAUUAAUUAUGUUGUGACUAGUCCUGUAUUUAGUGAAGAUUCUUUAAUGGCUGCUAGUUUUGAAUGUGAACCACCUGAAACAGAUAAUGAUCGUGAUCAACUUCGAUCAUUAAAAACAAAAUUAGGCUUUUAA